CUGGUUGGGUUGUCCGGUAUCAUUGACAUGACGUUACUAACACUAUCACUUAGCUAGUAUAAAGAAAUUGUGAAAUGGAAAACUAUCAUUAUCACACUUUAUUGCAAAAAUGGAAGCUGAAACCCUGCAAAUAGCGAGAAAAACCCGACACAAUUCGAAAGGUAUCGUAAAAUCAGGAGCAUGCUUUCCAGAAAGAGAACGGGCUCGUGAAGAAAGAGAGCGAGAGAAAGAGAGAGCUAACGUUAAAGUUCAGGCACGCACUGGUGGCUGUGGCCGUAACAGAGAGUCAGUAAAGGAAAGCGAAGAGCGAGAAGGCAAACAAACGCGAACAAACACAGCCACAGCCUAAACAAGCGAGAUGCUGCAGCCGAUGGAGACGCCUGGUGUUUCUUUGCGUGCGCAAGAGACGGCCAGCGAACGGUUCGGGUGGAAAGGCGGUGGGCAGCUGAGGCAAAUCUCGUACGCUUUAAAACGGGACCAACCGCCGCCGUUGGGUCGCAUUCGCAGAAACUGUCCGACCGGAUGCUGCCGGUUGAGUGCCAGUGAUCCCGUGCAGUGCAAGCCAGUCGCCAGUUCGUCAGGCAAGUGAAACGGAACCAACCAUCACCAAUCAACUUCGAUCAAACUCGGAAACGUCCAAAAUACGCUUCGGACACGCAUUACACGCUAGUGUCCAAUUAACGUGCAGUGGCGAUUUUCAUACCGGAAGUGGUGUUUGUGACAAUUUGUGUGCAGGAGCGCACGGGAAUUGUGUGUAUGUGUGUUUGAGGUUGAAAAAAAAACACGUGCAAAACGAUCAGUUACUUGCGUUUCGAUCGUCACCGUGAUCGAUUGUACGAUGGUUUACAACGAGCAAACAUUUUAAAGAAACGGACCCACAAAUUGAGGUUCUGCAAAGAAAAAGUGGUCAUUACGGUUUGAAAAGUGAACUUCUCAACACUCAGUGUAAGUUGUUGGAAGAUUAUUAGCGGCGGAAAGGACCAUCCCAGCGUGAGCAAAAAAAAAUUAUAAGAGCCGCAAAGAAGGAUGGCGAUGCGGGGUGUUAUGAUGUUGUUUUUUCAAGUGCUGAUCCUCUGCUUCCAGGCAAAGGCUUGGCACGCAGUACGACGAUCGUUUGAGCUCGAGCAAACGGCACCGCAGGAAAAGAUACAUCUCAUCACGGACUGCAUGCACGUCACAUCGGAGGAGGGCGAAUUUUCAUUCGUCAAGCUGCCACCGGUACGAUCGACGUCAAAGCAUGGCGCACACUGGAUGGCAUCGCCCGGCGAAGCGGAACUUGUGUCGGUGGAUGGUGCGGCCCGCCAGCUGUCUGACCAGGAGACGGAACCGGAUGCCACGACCGUCUGUGGUGUGUACUUCGUUGCCGAUCCGGACCAAACCAUCGAGGUCACGAUGAAGCAGGUUAAUGUGGAGUGUCGUUCCGGUGGGUUGAUGGCGUUCGUCGAUGGCUGGGAGCUGAAUGGGCAAUAUUUCCCGGGCGAACGGGAUCACGAAAAACCGCUCGAACUGCGCGUGCAGGAGUUCUGUGCCGAACAGACCAGUGGACCGUGGCCGGUCAAGGGUGGUUCGGGUGCCUCCCAUGCGUGGGUAUUCCGAUCGAGCCAGAACGCGGCACUAGUGCAGUAUCGCAUACCGGAGCGUGGAUCAUUCGUACUGUCCGCUCGUUUCCAUUACAACCCAAAACCUUGCAAUAUCAUGGCGGAAGGUUUGGCACCGUACUAUAUGUUGCGUAACUAUGGACAGCGAAGAAAUUGUACACUGACUGCACUGUUUCCUGCCGUCGUUUCCGUCAUUGCCCUGGAAGUUGGAGAAGCUAACGAGAGUGUCCGUUACUGUGAACGCGUUCGGGUGGACGAUAAAAUUGAGAUUGGUGGUUCAGUUGGUCUAGACCCAUCCCAUCAGAUGGUACGUGCGAGCACAAUCUGUGGUCGUAGCCGUGGCCGGAUGGACCUGGACCAGACGAUCCUGUGCGGUACAACCUCGGUACGGUUGAUCUCAAGCGGACGGUACAACAAUCAGGCAAUGGUGACGAUGCGCAUGGCCGACGAAUCAGACCUCCGGUUGGCGACAGUAAUCUGCGAGAUGUAAACCGGGACUCUCACACACAACACACAUACACAUAGUGACGAAAGCCACCACCAUCACACACACACGCAUACAUCCCCUCACACCAACCAGGUCCCCCUUUUCAAUCUGCGACGGAGUUAAAUGGCACACGGGUAUGGAACAUUGGAAUAUCGCCGCUACAGAUCGUUGGAGCACACAUUGGAGCACAAAUUUUAAAUCCCUUUGUGAAAUGCAUAUAAAUACAGAGAUGUUGAAAACUUCCGAUACAAAUGAUACACAAAAAUGGGGGAAGAAAAGAGAAAGAAAACAUUUGCAAUGGUAAAAACGAGUUACAAAUUAGAGAACAAAACUGGAUCCCCAUGGACCGUAACGCUUCGUAGUUACAAGAUUUGAUGUAAAAAAAAAAACAAAUAUUACUCAAUCGUACAGUCUC